GCCGCACAUGCUCACUGGCCGCGGAGGCACCGCCGGAGGUAGGGGCUCGCUCCGCCGCCGGAGGAGCCGCGCUGUCGCUGCGGCCGGGCCGCGGCAUGGCCCGCCCGCUCCCGGGCCGCCGCCGCCGCUGAGCGCGGGGGGAUCGCAGCGUCCGGCGACUGAAGAUUUCUCUGAAGCAUAAUCUUCAAGAUGAAGUUCUUACUAGCAAUUUUAUGUUUCAUCUCAUUCUCCUUAUGGGUUGAAGAAGUCUAUUCCAAAGAGAAGUCUUCAAAGAAAGGAAAAGGGAAAAAGAAGCAAUAUCUAUGUCCAUCGCAGCAAUCAGCUGAAGACCUUGCAAGAGUACCUGCAAAUUCUACCAGCAAUAUCUUGAAUAGAUUGUUGCUCAGCUAUGAUCCCAGGAUAAGGCCUAAUUUCAAAGGAAUUCCUGUCGAUGUUGCAGUUAACAUCUUCAUUAACAGCUUUGGGUCAAUUCAAGAGACAACUAUGGAUUAUAGAGUCAACAUCUUUCUAAGACAGAAGUGGAAUGACCCCAGACUCAAACUGCCCAAUGACUGGAGAGGUUCAGAUACACUGACAGUGGACCCAACUAUGUUUAAGUGUCUUUGGAAGCCAGACUUAUUCUUUGCAAAUGAAAAAAAUGCUAACUUCCAUGAUGUCACACAAGAAAAUAUCCUCCUUUUUAUAUUUCGGGAUGGAGAUGUCCUAGUCAGCAUGAGAUUGUCUAUUACACUGUCAUGCCCUUUGGACUUGACCUUGUUUCCUAUGGAUACACAGCGCUGCAAGAUGCAACUGGAAAGCUUUGGUUACACAACUGAUGACUUACGGUUUAUCUGGCAGUCUGGAGAUCCUGUACAGCUAGAGAAAAUAGCUCUGCCUCAGUUUGAUAUUAAAAAGGAGGAUAUUGAAUAUGGUAACUGUACCAAGUAUUACAAAGGCACAGGUUAUUACACUUGUGUAGAAGUAAUCUUCACUUUAAGAAGACAAGUCGGAUUUUACAUGAUGGGUGUUUAUGCUCCUACACUGCUAAUUGUUGUUCUGUCCUGGCUGUCAUUUUGGAUCAAUCCUGAUGCAAGUGCUGCAAGAGUCCCACUGGGUAUUUUCUCAGUGCUCAGCUUGGCAUCUGAAUGUACCACUCUUGCUGCUGAACUUCCCAAAGUGUCUUAUGUGAAGGCCUUAGAUGUCUGGCUGAUUGUUUGCCUUCUCUUUGGGUUUGCAUCCCUGGUGGAAUAUGCUGUGGUUCAGGUAAUGCUAAACAAUCCAAAGAGAAUUGAAGCUGAGAAAGCAAAGAUUGCCAAGGCAGAGCAAGCAGAAGGGAAGGGUGGAAAUGCUGCCAAGAAGAACACUGUGAAUGGCACAGGGACUCCGGUUCACAUCAGCACUUUACAGGUUGGUGAGACCAGAUGCAAAAAAGUUUGCACCUCGAAAUCUGAUCUGAGAUCCAAUGAUUUCAGCAUCGUUGGAAGCUUGCCAAGGGAUUUUGAAUUAUCAAAUUAUGACUGUUACGGGAAGCCCAUUGAAGUCAACAAUGGGCUCGGGAAAUCUCAAGCCAAGAACAACAAGAAGCCUCCUCCUCCCAAGCCUGUCAUUCCAUCAGCAGCAAAGAGAAUCGAUCUUUAUGCAAGAGCACUGUUUCCUUUUUGCUUCUUGUUCUUCAACGUCAUAUACUGGUCCAUAUAUUUAUGAUAAAUCUUUUAUUUAUUUUUUUCAUAUGUGUAAAAUAUAGCCCAUUUCAUUAUCCCUUCCCAGUCAUGAAGGCCACUGUGUGAAAUUAUUUGCAUUUGCAAAGCAAUAUGUUGCAUCUUGAUGCCGUGCGAUUGUACUGAACAUAUGGCAUCUGAAAUUUGAAUGAAAGCAUGACACUGCAAUGUCUGUGCUCUGACCAACUUUGUAUAUAAAUGUACAGCAUACAUCCUGCUUUAGGAAUAUAUAUGAAGGACGAUGCCUACUACAUUAUAAAGCUGAAUAAUGCUCUUCAGUUAUUAGUAACAUACAGAAAUUUAAAGUGUUUCUGACAAUGAAACUGAUGUGCACGUUGAGUAUUAUUAAAAUCAGUAUUCUAGUAUAUGUAGUAUUUAACAGCUUUUCUGCUGACUUCCAGAGGAAAACGAAACACCCAUCAAACGUCUUGUUCUUGUAUAAUUUCAGCUGGCACUGUUGAAGAAAAAGCUAAGGUAUAAUUAUUAUUAUUUAGACUUUGUAAAUGAAGGUAGCAUCAAGGAAGCAGGUCUUGUCUAGGUGGAAAAAUAAAGAUCAGAGAACUUCUAAAAUCAACUCAUUUAGGAAAAAAAACCCAACAACUUUGCCCACAAAGCAGGCACAGUUAAGUGUGGUAGAAUAUGCUGGCAGUAAAACAUUGGGACAAAUUUUAACUGCUGUUUCUUUGGGCACAAACUAGAUACAGUACAUUAAAAAAAAGGGCCACUUUAAAGGUAUCAGGAGUUGUGGAGAGGCAUCACAAGAUGCAGAUCAGUAUCAGGAUUUUUAUACAUUUUUACAUUAGUUUGUCUUCUGGCUCAGUUUCUGUAGCAUCUGGCAAGCCUGCAGUAUGUAAGUCACCUUUUUUUUUUGCAUUGGACACUUGAUUUUUUUUUGUUUGUCCCUUUGAAAGUUUUCAUUGUAAACAAACCAGUUGUCAAGACGAAAUCCCAUUUUCACCAAUAAUUAUACCUUUUCUGUUUGUGUGCUAGUUAGCACAUAGCCACCAGUAGGAGUGAAAAUGUGGCCUAAGGUCUAAGGGACUGAGACUCUCAUGGGCCCUUGUGUGUCUAAUUAAUGGCUGCCCUCACCAACUCAUUAAUCUGGCUGCUACAUUUUGGAGAAUAAGGUCCUAUGCCUGAAAUAGUUCUGAUAGGAGACUGUUUUCCAUUUUCCAGAGGAAACUCUGUGGCAUGGAGACUACCUUAACAUGAGCUCCUUGGUGUGCUUAGGGCAGGAGCUGUGGUCUCCUGUAGAUGCCAGGGUACAUCCCUUCAUAAGGUGAGUCAUGAGAAGAAAUGCGGCCAAAAGACAGCCGCAUGUAGGUAGGCGUGUGAGUAGAGUGUGUUUCCUGAGAACAGGGACUUGGCCUCAGCUCAUGAAAGUGUGCCAUACACAUCUCUGCUGGUAGAGAUGGGGCACCACAGCUAGUUACAGUAUGAAAAUAAGGCACCUCUCACUAACUUUGCAAUUCAUAAAAGGAAGUCUGGACUAUUGUCCCCUCAUAGGCUAGGAAGGGACUGGUUUAAAUACAUGAAAUCUUUCAUAGUGUGGAAAAAACCAAUCCCACUUGUUGUGCUACAUUUCUGGCAUGUCCAGGAUGUGUUGAGCUAAUGCAGGCCACAAGUGGACUAUUGGAUCAUGUGGGAGUUGCCCACAAUGAGAAUGUUGUCAACAUACAGCAAUCCUGCACAAUCAAAAGGUCAAAAGGGGGAAUGUAAGAAGAGCAAUGGCCUGCCACACUGGCUUCACUGGACACCUGGUGAACCUGCACGCCCAGAGCUUUUUCAAACCACUGACAGUUUGUGAUCAACAGUCUGGCUGCAGCGACUCAUGUUUGGGUGGAAGAGAUUAGCUCUUCACAGCAUGGUGGCCACAGUUUGUCCUUUAGAUUUCUUUCCGAUCCAAAGAAAUGGAAGGCAAACUCCAGAUGUUAUUGAGCUGUGUUGAAUGGGGGCUGAGGAAAUAAUAUCUUCAAGAUCUAGUUCAAAGUUUUAAUAUUUCUGUUAGUUGAAGGUGAUUGCAGAAUUGUGAGAGACUCUAAGAAGAAAUAAGGAUAAAUGGAAAAGAGGAAGGAUGGGAGGGGGAACUUUUAUACAUACAGAAUGGUAUAUUUAUAGACAUUAUUUAUUCUCAUACUUGUAUUUUUUCUUACAGUUCUGGAGGCAAAAAAAUAAUUAUCUUGUGUUGCAAAUUAUAUGAAUUUUGGAAGAUAAUUUUCUUGUUAGAACUCUUAUUAAAAGAUUUAUCUGUAAUUAAUGUCCACAUUCUAUCUGUAAAAUCUCAAUUAUAGAUUUUAUUGUUAAAUUAAUCUUUGUUCCUUCUUGCUUUCCUGCUACUUGAUGGCUUUUGUGUUUUAUCAUAAAGCACUUAAUCAAUAAUACACUAUAAUUGCUUUCCAACUCAUACAAAGGGAAGCAAAAGAAAUGCAUAUUGUUCAGAUAAAUGUUUUUUGUUCAUUACAGCACAAAAACUAAGGCCAGAAGCAAAGUUUAACAGCAAAUUUGAAACUAAAUUUAAAAUGAAACCAAGCAUCAGCUAUAAAGUAUUAAUUUUCUUUUUACUUACCCUUGAUAAUAUUGCAGUACUUGUAUUACCUUGGAAUAUAUUAGCUUGUCCUACUGAGCAGCAAUAAUUGAUUUCUUUUAUUUUUCUUCUUCCUACUAAAGGUCAGCAAGAGUUUUGCAUACCAUCUCACAUUAUGGUCCACCAGCACCCUCUAGUUGUAAAAUUCAGGCUGUUAACUGAUUUCCAGAAUAAGGUGCAAAUAUAAAACUAUAGGCCAAAUAGGAGCCUAAUUGCUAAUUAUAAUAUGAAAGAAAAAAAAUUUAAAUUAAAAAUAAAUGGGCAAAUAAUCAAUUUACAGCUUUAGAAAUUUUCCAUGCAGUUAAGAUUUAGAAGUAUAGAAAUGAAGACGUUCAAGUAGUAUCAAAGGUGAGGUUCAUGAAAUGCAGCUUAGUAACUCAAUUAACUAGUCAUGAUGUUUAAACAAACUACAUGACAGCAAAAUAUGUUUUUGUGGGAGAGCCCAUCUGUGUUUCAGCUAACAUUUACUGCAAGUUCUGCUGUUAACUGGUAGGAUUUUUGUUCUACCCUUAAGAUAAACCUUGGUAUUGUCUUGGUUCUAAAGCAUUGAGGGACAGUAUUCAAGUAGCCAGUUCUGUUCUUUUCUAGUAUUAUCACCCUUUAGAUAGCUUUCUAUAUUUUUUUUCAGUGCUUUAGAACACAUUCAAACACUGCAUCAGGAAUUUCCAUGGAGAUUAUUUAAUUCAUUUCUCAACUGCAUCUGCAAAUUUAAGGUAGGCAAUGAGUAAGGAUGUAAUUUGAAAAUGUAUCAUCUGCUGUGCAUUAAUUCCCUGUAGUACACAGCUCAUGUUUGACACCCAGUUUUAGGAGCAGCUUUUCAGUGUGUAAUGGCACCUCCUCUUGUCUUCACUUAAUUCUAGCUGAGAUGGUGUAUGUGAGUGGUUGGCCUUUUGAGGAAAGGAGUUUAUUUUAGUAAUUGCAGUGUACAGAAGACUGACUGCUUGGAAACACUGCCAAGCAGCUUUCAUUCUUCAAAGUCUUCAGAUUAUUUUGGAUUGUUAACAGGAUAGAGGAAGAUGGCUUUGAUGCCCUAUUACCCAUUAAAGAGAAAGCAGCAACCCUGCCUUCUGGUUUAGUGUCAGUGGGCAUGACCACAGUGAUUGAUCUGGCUGUUUAAUCUUUGCAAGGAAAUGCACUUACAAGUAAUCUUUAUUUAAAAAAAAUUUACUCUGAAGAGAGACAACACCUUACUUAAGCAGUCUGUUAUAGCUGUUAAGGGAAUCUCUUAAGAGACGUUAUAAUACAGUUACAAUGCAGACCAUGGCCUCUGCUUCAAUUGAAGCAGCUUAUUCUUAUGGUUACUGGGAGAUUGCAAUGGGGGUGUUUAUAGAAUAGGUAGCAUUGAAUUAUUUAUUUCCAAGGGAGUGCAGCCUGAAUAUAUGCAGUGUCAAGUGAUUUUUCAGGCUAUUGAGAUAUCCUAGUGCUGCUAUGAGUACAAAUGAGGUGAGUAGCAGAUAAGGGAAUGAGAGGACACAGUUACUUGAUGCUUUCGUGUGUUAAUUGCAGGAUUAGAGAAGGUAAUGUGGAAAGAAAUUCAGAUACAGAUAAAAUGAAUAAUAGUUUUGUUUGUGUCAACAGUUUAAUAUGUGUCUUGAAAUUUGCUUUGUACAUAAAUGAGUUACCUUCUUUUUAUAUUACUGUAAGGAAUUAAUAAAAAACCAGGAAAAUUUAAGCUCAUCUGUGCUGCCCAAAAGAUAAGGAAACUCAUUCUUUUCAUAUGAAGCUCUACACCUAAGUAAACAGUGGAAUAUAAAGAAAAAUUUGAGGACAUCUAUUCCUCAUCAUUGUGUUUUGUCUGUGCUGUUGUAUCAAAUCAGUCACAAGCAAUCUGGACUGCUUGGUGCACUCCUUUGCGUUUUGCCUUACUCAAGAAAGUUGCUCACCUGUCCUUCUUCCGUCAGUGGGAAUGGUGUUGGCAGGCAUCUAAA